AUGUCUCUUUACCGCAACUCAGCCUACACUGUGACGUACCCAUCUGGCCGAGUCAGCCUUCCAGUGGGUUCACCUUUGUACAUCGGCGUAGUUGUACCCGGGAGAGAUCCCAGCUUUGUUGUUGUCUUGGACAACUGCUACGCCUCCCACUCACCCUCCUCACAUGAUCCCAGGCAAUACCCUCUCAUCCGGAACAAGUGAGUGUCCUCAAGCCUAAGGAGUAUUGUUUGAUGGGUAUGAUGAAAAAGGUAAAAGUGCAGUCAGACUGUAAACUCUGCUGACCUGCUAAGUUGCUGCUUCUCUCGAUCAGGUGUCCCGUUGACAGCCGACGGGUGUUUGUGACAGAGAACGGCAGGUCUUCCCAUGCUCGAUUCACUGCCAUGCUCUUCCUGCCAGAUAAUUCCAGAGAAAUUUAUCUCCAUUGUAAUCUCAGCUUGUGUGACCAAAGACGCUCCAUCUGUGUCCCAGUAAGUCAAACAGUAUUGUUCAUAACUAGCAUUAUCUAUGCAUAACCCUCACUGUAAAAAAAAAUAAAAAAUCUGGACGUUGACCUUAUCUGUCACUCUUCUACCCUGUUAAAGUUCUGCGCAAGAAGGAGAAAUCGCUCUGUGUCAAACUCUGAUGCCAUGGAGAGCCUCACCAUUGGACCAGUUGUUUGUGAGUAUUAGUUUCUAUUUGGCAACAGGGCUGAUGUCUUAACACAAUUCAUGACAUGAAAAUAACUCUCAUGUUUUCUGUAUUUCUUUCUUUUUUAUCUCUAGGGGAAAAGUCAGCUGAGUGA